AUGCACGGUUUAACUAAAAUUUCACAAUUUGCCCAUGUCAUCAUUUUGGUGAUUACAGUGCAAGGAAUUGCAGCAGAAACUCCCGUUCGUCAAUGUGCCAACAAUGCCCCUCUACCCUUAUCAGUUGAAGUGGAUAGCUGUUCGGAUAUGCCUUGCGAUUUUGUCAAAGGUUCCGAAUCACAAAUGAUUAUACAAUUUGUUGCCACCCGUAAUAAUAUGCUGAAUCUGAAGGCGAUGGUGAAAUUCACUACAUUGGGUAUACAAAUCCCCUUUGAAAUGGAUGCGGAACGUAGUGAUGUUUGUAAAAAUCUACUAUAUGGUGCCUAUUGUCCUCUGUAUAAAGAUGAAGAUGUUACCUAUCAUUUGGCAUUGCCUAUUGAACAACAUAAUCCCGAUGUACCCACCAAGGUGGAAGUAUCGAUUGUCGAUAGCUUAGAUGGUGGUGUUCUGUCGUGUUUUGUCGUCGACGGCAGAUUUAAGAAAUCUUUAAUAAAUCCACCGUGUUAUGGAUAA